AUGGCAGUCCCGGCAGCCCUGGCAGGACUCCAGGCAGAAGCCAACUGUCCCAUCUGUCUGGAUUACCUCAGAGACCCCGUCACCACCGAAUGUGGGCACAACUUCUGUCGCUGCUGCAUCCAGCAGUCCUGGGCUGAUCGCAAGGACAGGUUCCCGUGCCCCGUGUGCCGUCACACGUACCAAGAGAGGCACUUGAGGAGCAACACCCAGCUGGGAAGGAUGAUUGACAUUGCCAAGCUCCUCCACGUCACCAGGAGCAAGAAGAGGAGGCCGGAAGAGAGGCACUGGUGUGAGAAGCACAACCAGGUCCUGACCCUCUUCUGCGAGGAGGACCUUGAGGUGUUGUGUCCCAAGUGCACGCAGCCCCCUGGCCACCAGGACCACCAGGUGAGGCCCCUGGAGGAGGCCGCCUCUCAUCACAGGCAGAGGCUCAGCCGUUACAUCAGGCCCCUGAAGAAGCAGGUGGCAGACAUUCAGAAAUUAAUACACAUUCAAAGCAAAAAACCCUUAGAGCUGAAAGAGAAGGUGGAAAACCAAAGGCAGGAAUUACUCUCUGAAUUUGAGUGCCUGAAGCAAUUUUUAGAACGUGAUCAAGCAGCAGUUCUUUCGAGGUUAGCUGAUGAAGAGAAGGACAUGCAGCAGAAGCUCAGUGCAAACAUAACCGCAUUUUCAAACUACAUCUCCACACUCAAAGGUCUACUGAGUAAAGUAGCAGAGAACAGUGUGCUGUCUGAAUUGGAAUUGCUGUCACAAAUUAAAAAUUUCUACAGGAGAUCUGAGGAUGAGAUCAGUCCAUCAAUUUUCUCAGUCCAGUUAAGAAGAGAAGGCUGCAGCUUUCCUCCCCAGUAUUCCGCUUUGCAGAAAAUUAUAAACAAAUUUAGAGUAGACAUUAUCCUAGACCAGGAGACGGCACACCCUAACUUGAUUGUCUCGGAGGAUAAGAAACGUGUGACAUUUACGAAGAGAAAACAAAAUGUUCCUCAUUUUCCAAAAAGAUUUACAGCCAAUACAAUCGUCCUGGGUUUUCCAUAUUUUUACUCUGGCAGGCAUUACUGGGAAGUAGAAGUGGGAGACAAGUCUGAAUGGGCUGUGGGGAUUUGCAAAGACUCUCUUCCCACAAAGGCCAGGAGAUCUCCCUUGGCCUGGCAGGAGUGCUGGAUGAUUCAGCGGCAGGAAGGUGGCUAUGAGGCGGUGGGAGCUACACCAACCCUCCUGCGGUUAGACGCGAACCCCAGAGGCAUUGGGAUUUUCUUGGACUAUGAGCUGGGUGAGAUCUCAUUUUAUAACAGGACCGAAAAAUCUCACAUCUAUACUUUCACUGACACUUUUACUAGACCUCUUAGGCCUUACUUCUAUGUAGGACCUGAUUCAAAACCUCUCCGGAUCUGUACGGGAACAGAUUAUGAAUGA